UUGUACGUGGUGCAACCGCAAGCUUCAAGUCUUAUCUGCAAGUGUGAAACAUGUAGUUGUUAGUUGUUACUAACGUUGCAGAGGCUUGAUGCAGUUUACAGCGGGACGCAACUGACUGGAAGCUGGUAAGGGCGUUCACAUCAUAUAAAACGCACGUCGGGAGCAGCAACAACUAACAAGCACCAGACACAGAAGUUGUUGAGUGCAUAUCCUCCUGCAUUCCAGUCAAUCAGCUUCUACCGAGGUUACAUGUUGACCACACAAUGGCCUCUUUGAAUCAACGUGUCCACACACUCCUCUUGGUCUCACUACCUGGUGCCUGCAUGUAGCUGUUAUAAGGGGAGCUGACGAGAUCAAUUCCUCCGGACACAUCCUCUUUGUUGUGAAAUCCCAACAUCAUAAGGUGCAGUGAAGUUCAGAGUUGGACUGCCAAACCUGUCGAGUUUCUUUCAGAAAAGGAAAUCUGAGGAGUUUAGUUUGUAAAAGUCCAGCAGUAGACUUGUUAUCAAAGCCAACCAAGUAAAAGAAUGGUUCAGCGAUAUAGCCGCAUCAGUGUUCUUUCCAACGAGUUCCUGUAGUCAUGGUUUUUAUUGAGAUCAGCGUCAAGUAUCCUGCGGAAGAAAUCAACCUUAAACAAUUACAUCAAGUGUAUUUUGAGAGAUUGGUACACCGGUUGAGUGAACAUUUGCAACACAUUAGUUUGGUGUUGGUUCAAAUAGGAAACCAACACCCUCAAGCCAUCAAAGUCACAAAAGGCUGUGUAUUUCAACACUGCAAAAACUCACAGCAGGCAUCUACAGAAGAGAAUGAUACUAUUGGGCACCUUUGCGAGAGCAAAUACGAGGAGCCGCAUGUGUAUGUUUUCUCAGCUGAAGUCAUAUUCGGGAGUACAUCUCAACCUCUGACAUGCAAUCCGUUAUCACAGCACUGCUCAAGUGACAUUCAUUGCCUCUCUCCAUUGGGCAGUUACGCUUGGAUCGACAGCUAUCCAGUCUUUUAAUCAGCGACUUUUUCCAUUGAGAUUCUAACUGCAUAUACGUGUACAUUGUGGAAUCCAACUUCUUGAACAACCAAAACAACAAAAUUAAAGCUUACUUAAGUUUGGAUUGCGAACACACAUUUGAAAUUACUAAGCAUAAAUAGCACUAUAUAGAUCACUUAUCAUUUUAGAAACAGUGCUGAAAAGUCUAUUGCUUUAUAUUUGUUUUGCUUGUAUAAGUAUAUCUGUAACUUCUGUGAAAGGUUUGAAAAAAGAUUGUCUACAAAAAAUAUGCUUCAUGGUGAUGACACUGACUGCUGGUCAGGACUUCGUUCUGACCAACUUAAUGAACCAAAGCAACUGUUAGAAGGACUUAAAAAGAUCACGCCAAAUUCCCUGUCCCCUGAGGAGAUCAGGUCAACACUCACUAAACUCAUAACUCAGUCUAAAAUGAGUGAUCAUGGGGCUGGCAAGAGGACAAAUCAUCCACCCAGAGCUAGUCAAGUUCGCGUUGAUGGCUCAAAUGUCAGCAUUGUUGGGUCCCACAACGUGGUCACCUUGGUCGAUGGCACGCCGGUGACCCCAGAAAAGCCCAACUUCACCGACCUUGGCAUGGACAAGGAGGUCAACCGGCUGGCAACUUUCAAGCUGUCCACACAGUGCACCUUGUCAGCCAAUGCGCUCGCCCGUGCCGGGUUUUUCUUCACAGGCAUUGAGGACCGAGUGCAGUGUUUUGCCUGUUUGGGACUAAUAAAGGAUUGGGAACAUGGCGACACCGCAAUGGGAGAACAUAAGAAACACUUCCCAAGGUGCCCCUUUGUACGUGACCACAAUUACAGGAAUGUUCCUCUUGUGGAAAAAUCCAAAUCUGGAGCCAGUGGCAGCACCUCUGAAGAAAAACGGGCAGAAGAGAAGGCAGCAGGGCUCUUCAAAGCCUCUCGAAAUGAGACCAAGAAAUCGUCACAAGGGGGGAAGAAAGGGGCUGGAAAACAAACCAAGGCCGGCGGCUUUGAUGAGAGCCAGAAGACCUGUGAAGGGAAUCCGACCCGGCAACCAACCAUCGACUCUGCUGAGUCCGAGAUGCGGCUGACCUUCCGGAGCGAGUACAAGCGCCUCCUGUCGUUUCAGACCUGGCCGCGGACGCACCCCAUCGAGCCCCGGGACCUGGCCAAGGCCGGCUUCUACUUCCUGGAGAAGGACGACCUGGUGCAGUGCUUUGCCUGCUUUGGCAAAAUCCGUGACUGGGAACCCCAGGACAACCCUGAGCGGGAGCACGCCCGGCACUUUCCCAGCUGCCCGUUUGUCAUGGGGCUGGAGGUGAAAAAUGAGCCCAUCACGCCGCUCCAAGCCUCCAAUGUAGUGAGCAUGCUCUACCGGGAGCCAUCCGGGUUUGCCGCCACUCUGGAACAGUUCUCCAAACAGCUGGAAGCAGCCCUCCCUCAGACCGCCAAAGUCGUGAGCCAGUGGGACCAGACGCCGAUCCCAAACCGAGUCCUGGACAAGCCCAAGUACCCAGACUUUGUUGGAGAGAAUGCCAGGUUGGCCACCUAUGCUAAAGGAUGGCCUGGAGUCCUUGGUAUCACACCACAGCAGCUGGCACGAGCUGGCUUCUUCUUCACAGGAGAAGGGGACAGCACCAAGUGUUUCUACUGCGGCGGGGGACUCAAACACUGGGAAUCGACCGAUGAGCCGUGGACCGAGCACGCCAAGUGGUUCCCGGUCUGUGAUUGGUUGCUCCAGCAGAGAGGCCAGACGUUCGUCAGUUACGUGGUCCGUAAUUUUCCCGUGGACAGGUCACAGCUGAAUCAAGUUAAAAAGGCUGCACCGUCAGGUGGAUCCUCUGCACCAGCUGUGAGUCCGGCAGCCAGUAAAGCACCAUCAUCAUCAACCUCCUCAAGGGAUCCACCCGGAGAUGAGGCAGGAGUGCUAUACAAGAAGAUAUCUGCUACAGAGACGUCACUUGAUGAAGCCAUGAACAGCCGCUCGGCCAAGCACAUCCUGGAGAUGGGCUAUGAUGCCGACCUGGUCAGGGAAGUCAUCGGUCACCAGCUCCGGACGGCGGGGCAAGAGUUCCAAAACGUCAACGACCUGCUGGAAGCCGUGUGGCAGGCCGAGGAGCAGAGAGAAGCCGGCACCUGGCAGAGAGAGGACGGGAAGGAACAGAAGGGUAGGGCCUCUACAGGGGUAGAGAAGUUCACAAAGGAGGUGCCCGAGAAACAGGUCAAGCAUGUGGAGAGGAAGAGGGACGACCUGAGCCUGCUGUCGGAGAAGCUACAAAGCAUGAGCGUCGGCAACCACAUCUCUGGACAGGGCAGAACCACUGGAGCAGCGGUCGACAUGGAGCGGGAGGUGGAGAGACUCCGGGAACAAAAUCUGUGCAAGGUUUGCAUGGACAACGACGUCAAUGUCGUGCUCAUGCCGUGUACGCACUUUGUGGUGUGCGAUGUGUGCGCCAGGUCGCUUAUGUCCUGCCCAAUCUGCCGAGGGACCAUCACAACCAUCGUCAAAGUGUUCAAGUCCUGAUUGGAGCGUGUCUAUGUAGUUGUUGAUGCAGGAGAAAAAACUACAGCUUGGUAUUAAAGGGCCAGACUGUGUUUCCCUUGGUGAGUUCGUAAACCUGUAUUGGAUAUGAACAGCAAAGAGCUGACCCCUGCGGGUUUCACAGAAAAUUUAUUUGAGAAAGUGAACGAGCAUACUCCCUUUUGGAUUUUUAGUCAGGAGAAUAUCUUAGACAGGGAUCAUCCGAUCCAAAGUAAAUGAACAGUUGUUGAGGGUUUUUCUUCUGACUUGUGCUUCGCUUUUGAAAACAAAAAGCCAGAUUUAAAUACUCUGUAUAUCCACGUAUAGUGGUAAGAAGUGAUUGUAAUUAGAAGUGGUAGUAGUUAUGAUGUUGCAGGUGAGGCAUUGGAAGUUAUGAAGUGCACCUGUUUGCAUGGAGAUAGAUUUGAUCUUCAUGCUAAUUGUUUCAUGGUGGCGUUUUGUUUUGUUUUGUUUUGUGUUGAUGUGUUUAUGCCACUUACUGAUUGAAAAAGAAAUCACCACUUCAGAGUUUUUGUUUGCCUUUUGAUUAAAAAAACAGAGACAAACAUAAAAAAUGAGUAACAGAAUUUAUAACAGCAUAGUAAGUAGUGACUACGUUUAUACAUGUAAGUAGUUAGUAGAUGUACAAUGUAGCCGUGCUGUGGAAGUACAUGUAGUACAUGUGACCCACUCUGACAAAAAGAGUCGCAAAUCGCCAGAGCCACUUAGUAAAAGGUUCUUCAAAAUAAUUUUGCCGUGUAAAUCAGUAGGAACCCACGGCAUUUCUCGCCGAGUAUCCACUUUCUGAGUGAUAAAUCCAAACAAAAAAUAUCAAUCUGCUCUUUCCAGUACAAAUGAAAACUUAAGAAGUGGCACUGGCUACUUAUGACUUAUUUUCACAGAGCGGGUCACUUAUGUAGAUAGUUAGACUUGCCCAUCACACUGAUUGCUUUACAUUGUUUUGCUUCUUGGUGACGUGCUAAAAUAAAAUGUACGUUGUAACUUGUUGUUGUGAUGGGGUUUCAGUAUCAGUGAUGGAUAGUGGACAGUGAAGUCAGGGUAGUACGUGACAGCGUAAGAAAGGUAGAUAAAGGCACAAGGUUGUUGCAAGGGGAGAUUGCACAGGGAAAUAAAAUCGACCCACCCCCUUUGAGGAGAAAAGAUGGAUUGGAAAGUUUCCUGAAUUAACUGUGAAGCCUCAGUAACCAACAGUCUAAGAGUAGUUUUUGCCCUGAAUGAAAAGUGGAAACAGAGCCAAGACUUUGUUCACUAUGAUUUAUUCGGCUAACUAAUAAAACCCAGGCCCCACGAGGUCGAACCCUCACGUCUUCUUGGGUUUUCCUUGUUCCUUUAUGUACCCGUUAAUCCUUGCGUCGCUUUCUUUCAGAAUGCUAGCUAGCAAGUAACAUACCUGCAAGACUGCAAUCCUAAAAAUUGGUGAGGAUUAUUAGCCAGGUUGUCUCGAGAGCACUUCAACCUGGGGGUUCUAGCUAGAAGGAAAAAAGUAAACUCUGGCUAAGUCACCGGAAAUCCCAAUUUUCUCUAAUGCAUCUCCAUUAGAUUUUUAUUUCUAGGUUGGCUUAACAGUUUGUCACUUUGCUAAAGUUGGCGUGUUACUCUCGGUCUCAUUUCCACAAAAAGAACACAACAAAAUCCUUUGUGUUAGUCGGCAUUGGAAAAAAUCCCACAUUGGCGGCAAUUUCUGGGCUGUGGAUGGCAAGAAGUGUCAGUGAAAAGUCACACACUCAUGUCCAUUUAUUGGCACAGUCCAUGAUCGCUGCAUCGAUGCUUGUUAGGAUACCUCCCAUCGCAUGCACUGAUAUCAUGAACAGAUCUCAGACCUUUCUCUGCCAGCACGUGUACAUUUGAGGAUAACACAUGUACAUGCCAUGUAAAAACUGUAUGGAUUUUUCCUGCAAAAAAAAUGUGUAUAUAAUAUGAGGGUAUGUAGAGUAAAACUGGAUAAUUUCUACUUUACCGCAGCCCAAUCAUGAGACGAGUUAGAUUGUGAGCGCAGUUUCAUGGAAGCACUCACAAGACUCAAAGCAUGUGUGGCACACGGGUUUCUACUGCCCAAAAUAGCGAGAAUGGAAAGGAAUGGCCGAGAGCCAGUGACCCCAGCGACGACCCGGGAGUGCAGACAUUCCAGACAAAGACACUCUGAAAACAUGAAGUGAUCAAAAACUUGUGAAAUACUUCGCGAAUGAGCUGGUUGACAGAUCUAGAUGCCCUUUUAUGCGUAGGCAUUUUCCGCUUUCACUGGUAUUUUGACAGUUCUAGUACACGUAGGCCUAUUUUCAGCAGUCCUGUGGAGCGUGAUUUUUUGUUGGGCUGUCACCAGGUGAAUUCAGCAUUUACCGGUACAUGUAUGCAGGCACUCCAUUCGCACUGCACUGAUAGACCACUGUGCUUCACAAAAUCUAACCCCAAUGUCAAAACUUCGGAGCAUUGCAAAUCAUGCUACAUGUACAUGUUUUCAUUGUGUCUAUGCCUUCCUCCAUGCUCGGACAAGAUAUUUUGAGCACUGCAACCCUAUCAUUACACAUGUUACAUGUACGUUUACAUACACAUAUGCAUAGGUCAUCAUUUCAUGUACAGUAAGUCAGCAAAAUGACAACUUACAGUAGAAGCCGGCCUUCGUGUAAGUUGUCACAAAUUUUGGGGUCCCGAGGGUGCUGACUUAGCCGGAGUUUACUUUACAACAGGAGCUUCUGUGGAAGUUCUGAACUAGCUUAGCGAAGUCAAAUUGGGCUUAGCCCAAACAGAUUAUCGGAUCACUUAUGUCACGUGUUGAGACCAGUUGUAUCUGGUUGUCACCUAGAAUUUGCUUAACAGCUGUAUUUUUAGCCAAGCAGUUAAGUGGAACUGGACCUAUGGUUUUCCUGAUGCUACUAUAACAGAGAAUAGUGUUCAGUAUCCAUUGCUCUCUGUGAAUAUAAACUUGUUCUUGUUUUAGGAUUACCUGUAAUGCAAAAAACUGUGGAAGCCAAACUGCAAAGAAUCUGGCUUGUAAUACACAUCUGCAUCUGUCUUUUUUACCUCAAAAGUACAAAUUCUCUCCUAAAGAGCUGAAUAGAAGUUUGAAAAAGAGUCGUUAACCCUAAUAACUUGCCAGCCUUUUGUUAAAAGCCACUUACAAAACUUGGUCCACAGUAUGCCCGGGAGUACUCUCCUGCUAUUGACAUGGCACACCAACUCUCCUGGAGCCCAUUUACAUAUGUCCAUAUGUUUAUGCAAGGCUGAUCAGUGAUGCAAUGGUAAUGGUGGAUGUAGGGCGUUGAAAGUAACGGGAUGCUGUCAAACAUACGUCUAGAGAACCUUGCAAAUUUUACGUAUUCGUUGAUUGUAUAAAGAGCAGCACCCUGCCGCAUAACCUACGCAGAAGAAUGCCACUUUGCCAUGCACUCACUUAUCGUGGCCAGUAGAAACCAGACAAAGUACCCAAGUCAGAUUGUGCAUGGCACAUGUAUGUUUGUUAUACACAAUUUUUAUAUUUUUUUCUAAUAAUUAUAUAUAUUCAUUUAUUACAAGGCGGCUAGCAAAUAAGUAAGUUUCAGGGGGGGUUAAUGUCACUAAGUUUGGCAGGAAUUGCGAAGGCAAGAGACAACUUUACUGAUUUUUUUUGGGGGGGUCAUGUUUCCAUAAAGCCUUUGAGGAGGGGAGGGCAAUAAAAGAAAGUGUCAUGAGGUAAAACACGUUCAGACAUUUAAAUGAUUUUAUCACAGGUAAAAAUGUCUACUCAGAUAUAAAGGAUAUUACAAACUUGCUUCACAAAUUAUUUCAAGAAGCUUCAAGACGCGUUAUUUGCAAGCUAUAAUUAAGUUAGGUAGCUUAAAACCAGUAUCCUCAGAGCCAGGCAACCAGUCACCCCCCUGAAGACGAACAGAGCAUACCGUUCGGAACGUCGAGUGUCUACCAUUGGUUCUCCUAAGAACCACACACUCGUAAAAGAGAUGUUUUCUUGUACAUGGUGCAACCGCAAGCCUACCUAACUUCCACCAUGCAUAGCUUCAGACCUUAUCUGCAAGCUAUAAUGUUGGGCCUGCAUCAGAUGUGUUUGUUAUAUAUGCUAAAUGGUUUUGUCACUUUAGAAAGGCUUACAUUUCUAUACAUGUAUAUUAAAUACCUGAAUAGUCAUGUACUAGUCUUUAGGUUGAGUUCAUUGUGCAUGUACCCAUGUUCUCAUUUACUUUUAGUUAUUAGUCAAAGGUCUGCAGAUAUAAUAAUGGUAAUCAUAUCAACUUGCAAAGCACCUUGUAUGGAUGGAUAUAUUCAUAUUCCUGCUCAUUGACCCACUCUGCUUAACAGCUAUGGUUAAUUGGAAGAAAUUGGCCACCUGUAGUAAUCUAGGACUAGAUGAAGCAAGUAGUUUUGUGCAAUCAAGGAGCAAGUAAUUUUUGCCUGAGUACUGGGACAGUCCCCAUAUUUGGUAAGAAAUGUGCCUGCUGUGCACCCAGUUUUACAAGCAAACUUCUGUGCAAUAUAACUUUGAAAACACAACAACUGUUAAAUAACAGCCAUCUGUUGAUAAUGAAACAAGCCUGAGGGUAAACCUCAGACUUGUUUCAUGGCUGUUAUUUGACAAUUGUUGUGUUUUCAAAGUUAUAUUGCAGAGAAGUUUGCUGAAUGCUCUGAAAUUAAAAAGAAAAUACCUCAGGUUUAUUUCAAAUUUUACAAAAUGACAGAACGGGAACUUCGGUUAUUAUUGGCUUUAUAAAUACUGACCAUGUAGCAAUAGGGACACGCUGCCAUGAUGCUAGUGUCUUUUAUAUUGCAAAGACAUGGCCUGACGACAAUCAUUUGUUCCAGUUGCCAAUGUUUAAUGUUUACACAUGAUAUGUAUUCAAGAAGUAUACCUGAAACUGGAUUUAGGGGUGGAAACUUACCUUCCCAGUUGUGUAUCUUCGGUUCUUAACUGGUUAUUUGCCAAGAUGUUUCAGUGUCUCUGCAGUGCAGGAAUUUACAAAGGAGUGACAUGACCGUAGCUAUAUGCAAGUACAUUAUGAAACUCUAUGUACUAAUGUCUUUGCCAUUUCUGUAAAUAGUGUGGUGGUUUUGUGUUCUACCAAGUCUAUUCCCCUACGGUGUGUGUAAAUCAUAUUGAUAUUGGAAGACUGAUGGCAUUUGAAUGUGAUGAAUGCAUAUUUGUUCUAUCAUUUCUAUUUUUUCGGCAUCUAUAUACAAAGGAGAACUGAAUUGCAGUGAGCUACUAUACUCGUACAAGUAGAGAAGCUUUAAUAAUCCAUGAAUAGUGUGAUGGUUUUUGUUUUAAAUAUUUCAUCAUAACAAUUGUAGACAGCUUUAUGCACAGUUACUGCUCAUUAAGAAUGACAAAUGUAUUUUUGUACAAUCAAUCACCUGUGUUCUAUGGAAAUCACACAUGUGUAUGUUCUUUUUACCUAUUUUAUGAGGUUAGAUUUACUUUAUGGUCAGUUAUAUGACAAGAGUUACUGUGACUCCUACAGUAGGCCUAGUUUAUUCAAUUUUACCCAAUGAUAUUCCAUGUGGUUCCACUUGAAGCUCGGUAAGCAACUAAAAUACAGUCGAACCUCGUUAAUAAGAGAGCAUUGUCAGUACAAGGUCCUGCUUAUAAACAAGGACUUUUUUAGGCCUAAAUCCUUUGCUUUUCAAUGUUUUUAGUCCUAAUAUCAGGUUCCUGUCAUAACAGGAAUUUGCCAAGUCCGAAGGACCUCUUAUUAAUAGUGUUCGACUGUACAUAUUGUACAUAAUGUACUCUGGCAUACAUGUGGGCAGGUUAUUUGCUCAACCAUUUAUAUUUUAAAAGCUGAAUGCAAUCGUAACAUUCUGUGUAAAUAUUUUCAAUGGCAUGACAUCGUAAUGACCACAUACCACUAUGACUCAAUAUGUAAGAAACGUACACUAUAUUUCUCUCAAAAUUAGUGCAAUAUAUGUAUGUACAUGAGCGUGCGGAUGCUGUGAAUUGUUCAAAUGUGAAGCAGUAAUAAGGUUGAAGCUCAUGCAUGUAAACGUUGCUUACAAAUGCGCAUGUAGUGUGUAUUGUGACCUUUCUGGGACUUGCGAGUGAAGACAGCCUUUCCCUGAAGUACGCCUAAAUUCACCAUCAGUAUUGAUCAAUCUGUCGAUGGGACAAACCUAUUGUGAUUUAAACUGGUUCCCUAUCUCUGACCGCCAUGGAAUUAUAAUCGUGUAACACAACAGAAAUGUCAGGCUCUGACUAAAAACAAGGUCCGAGAAAAGCCUAAAUGUAGUCAAGACUUUAAAUCUAUAUUCAAAAUAAAAUCCCUAAAAAAUCAGACUUUUGCCCGGAAACCAGGAUCCCUCAACAAAAUGUGGCAAUUUUAAUUUGCCCUGGCUUGAGCAUGUGCAAUAAUGUCCAUGCUGAAAUUUUCAUGUACUUUCUCAUGCAAAUGACAUGUGGCCUGAAUGCAUACAUUUGUGUACUCACUACACAGUAUUUUGCUAUGAUAAUUUCAAAUCUGGAUCGGAAAUUUUCCAGUGUCAGAUCAGAACUCAGUGUCGGUCCUUGCCUAUCCUCAAUAGGAACACUGACAGUCCAGAAUUUGACAGAGCAGCUGAAGGUUGCCAGUGUUAACUGGCAACUGCCAAGACUUUGUUCUGCCUUAUGAGCUAAAUCUUAUAAUCUAAACUGACAAGAGACACAAGACAAUGUAAAAGCAUACGUGAUCCACCACCUGUCAGUUCAAUUGACCUGCCUCCAAAGAUAUGGGUGGUCUCAGAUCUAGUCGAGAUAGAAUGGUGCCACAUCAGGGAAAUCCUACCUCCAUCGUCAUUCCAGCUUGUGCCCUGAUACAUGUAGUUCAUACGGAACUGUUCAUUGUGAAUGAAUUGUGUCGCUUUGUCUGUACUCAGCUUUGUACACAGGCAAUGCUAUCAGACAGCCUCAUUCCCAGGGCUGUAAAUGGCUAAAUGGUAACAGAAAUAAGCCGGAUUUUAAAAGUUGGAGUUCAUUAAGUCGUUGCUAUCCAAGCACUACAUGCAGUCACAUACGCUAUAUAGAUUCGUGCCGUUCAUGCAUAGAGGUUAAAUCAGUGUUUAACCAGAAAAACUGUAGUGGACUUAUAGUUGGAUUAACAGCUGAAGUGGAUUUAAUCAUCACCAUUAAAGAGAAGUAGGCUUCAGAAUCAA